GGGUGACCCUUCAAUUGUGAAACUGAAUAUUGCUAUUACCACAGGCUACCUCAUUUCUGAUUUGUUGCUUAUUAUUUACUACUGGAAGGCAAUUGGUGACAAAUUUUUUGUAAUACAUCACUUGGCAGCUCUGUAUGCUUACUAUUUUGUACUGAGCAAAGGUCUGUUGGCUUAUUUUGGAAACUUCCGUCUGCUUGCAGAGUUCUCCACUCCUUUUGUCAAUCAGCGGUGGUUUUUUGAAGUACUGGGAUAUCCCAAAUCUUCAAAGGCUAACAUCAUCAAUGGUGUGCUGAUGACAGUUGUGUUCUUCGUGGUGAGGAUUGCCGUCAUGCCUAUAUAUUACAGCCAUGUAAUUUCUUCAUUUGGAACAGAGGCUUUCCAGAGAUUAGGAUUUGCAGCCCAGAGUGCCUGGAUUAUCUCAAGCGUUGUCUUGGAUGUUAUGAAUGUGAUGUGGAUGGUCAAAAUUGCAAAAGGAUGCUACAAAGUCAUUUGUCUUAUCGGACAGGCGGAAGCCAAAACUCAUAGAAAUGGAAAAUCUCACUAGAAAUCAUAUGCAUAAAAUGAAAUUUCUGCUAUGAAAAUAAUUUGGGUUCACUGAAACAGUGCACAUUUCUGCCAUGGAAUGCUCCUCUUAAGGAAACAAGGUAUUACC